GGAGGAGGAAGAAAAUGAUUAUGAAGAAGUUAGUGGGAAGCGCUCAGCAAUUACAGUCAGUGUGAGCUGCUCAGUCAGUGAGCGCUGUGACCGAGCAGAGGCUCCCAUCUUCACCCAGAAACCUUUCGGAUUGUUUUCGUUUUCGUUGCAUGUCAGGAGCGAAACGGGAGGAAACUUUCUGAAUGGAGAAGCACAAAGUGCUGGACCAGCUCCUGAUGGAGCUCCACCGCUUCCUGCUCCUCCUGGACAGGGAGAAUCUUAGUGGGAAUGCCACCAUCCAGAAGGGAUUGCUGUCAGACCUCCUGCAGUCAUACAAAUCCACAAAUGGAGGUGACGAGGAAUAUAUCUACAUGAACAAAGUGCCAGUUUCUGGGAAAGACAAAAACGACAAAGAUGACUAUUUGGAUGCCCUUAUUAAUGGAAAAGCAGCAAAAAAUAUUCCGGUGCCACAGAAGAGCCUUCCUGACCUGCCGCCACCCAGAACAGGUGUGGUGGGUCGGGAACCGUUCCCCUUGCCUCCAGUUCCAGCUCCAGCCUGUAUAGAAUCUACAGAGAGCUACUAUGAGGAGGCUCAGCCCUAUGAGGAAACAGUCAACGAUGAUGCAGACGCGGUUAGCAGCUCAUAUGAGUCCUACGAUGAGGAGGAGGUGACCAGAGAGAAGUCGACAUCAGCGCAGCACCAGUGGCCUUCAGCUGAGGCUUCCAUCGAGCUGAUGAAGGAUGCCAGAAUCUGUGCCUUCCUGUGGAGGAAAAAGUGGCUCGGCCAGUGGGCCAAACAGCUCUGUGUCAUCAAAGACCAUCGCCUUCUGUGCUACAAAAGCUCCAAGGACCAGACGCCUCUGCUGGACGUGAGUCUGUUAGGCUGCACUGUUAUUUACAAAGAAAAGCAGCCCAAGAAAAAAGAACACAAGCUGAAGAUCAUCCCAGUAGGAGGCGAGGCCAUUGUGCUGGGCCUGCAGAGCAAAGAACAGACUGAGCAGUGGCUAAAGGUUAUUCAAGAAAUAAGUCCCAAGCCAGCUGAAAGCUGUGACCCUCAACAUCCUGGGUCAGACUCCCCGAGGCUUAUUUGCACUAAGGGCGAUCAGAACGAGAGACACUCGCUGGCUUCAGAGAGCGGCAGCAGCACAGACAGCCACAAUGAAAUCACAGAAAACAAAGAUGUGAAGAAAAAAUAUGGCCCUGGUUUAAUGUUCAGCAAUCUGAUGAACAUCGGGAAGAAAAAACCAUCCGCACUUGAGAGCCCUGAGAAAAGCAUCGACACAUCAGGUUACCUGAAUGUACUGGUGAACAGCCAGUGGCGGACCUGCUGGUGUCUCAUAAAGAAUGGCCAGCUGUGGUUUUACCAAGACAAGGGAAAGAACAAAGUAAGCCAGCCAGCGGUGACCCUGGAGGGCUGCAGCGUCUCGCCCGACCCCAGCCCCGAGCAUCUCUACUCCUUCCGCAUCGACUUGGACGGCACGCAGAUUGCAACCUUAGAGGCAAAAACAUCAGCAGAUAUGGGUCACUGGUUGGGCCUCCUGCUGUCACAGACGGGAACCAAAACGGAUCCGGAGGACCUGACGUAUGACUAUGUUAACUCUGAAAGGGUCUCCAGCAUCGUCAGCGCUGCAAAGACGUCCUUCUACUUGAUGCAAAGGAGAUAUUCAGAGUCAAAUACCUACAUAGACACUCUUCCUUCCAUUCCUCAAAACUCUGAUGAGCUGUACGACGAUGUUGCAUCAAUAGCUGAUCCUGAGGAUGCAGAGGAGAACGCCCUGCUAAACUGCGAGGAGGAAAACAAUCACAAUGAAACUAAGCAGGACAAUACCAAAGAGGAGAGAGAUGCCGAGCGGGAGUCCGACAACAGAAUUUACCUCGACCUGGUUCCAAUGCGCUCCUUCCUCCAUACAGCCUCAGGGAAUAAAGCUUCUCCUCCUUGCAAGGAAGCUUCCAGAGUUUGUCCAACUCCAGGAGAGGGCCAGAGGGAUUCCUUUAGCCAAGUUACAGAGGUCCCUGCAACAAACCGAACUGAGCCAGACUCCACCGUGGUAACAAAUGGGCCAAAUUCAGCGUUCUCCAGCAAACCAAAUCAGCAGCGAUCAUUUAGUCCCACUUCCAUAGUGGCACAAACUCAACCCACCAAGACUUCAUCACCAGGUCAGGACAUCUCCAAGAGGAACAGCCUGGGGGUCCCACGAGCCUACAGCCCGCCUGCAGCACAGACACAUAAGGGGGGAACAACACAUACCACCGCAUCCUGGAUCCCCAACAGCCCACAGCCGGGACGACCAAAGGCACACACCAUAGGGAGCUCCAGUGGCUUUGAGAUCAAGCUUGGCAAAAACCGCACUGAGGCAGAUCUGCGGCGCUACAUUGAUGAACGCGAUCGUCUGGAGAAGGAGAGGGAGGAGGUGAGGAGCAGCCUGGCCAACCUGAAGAAGGAAAAGAGAGAAAUAAAAGAGGAGCUCAGCACCUGCCAGGAUCCUAAGCUGCAGGCUUCGCUGGAGGCGUGUUUGAAGGAGAAGGAAGAAGCGUGUCGGGAGGCGGAGCAGCACAGGGUGGAGGUGGAGCUUCAACUGGUAGAAGUAAAGGAAAGUCUGAAGAAAGUGGAAUCAGGGCCUUUCACACUGGGAACCACACUGGACAGCAGCCUCCAGGACUCCCCCACGACUAAAGCAACAACCAUGUCCAAUCCCCAAAUAUCAUCACCACCAACACAAGCAGCACCACAACCAUCUUCAUCACCUUCCCAGCCGACCAACAGCAGCACCAGCGCUGACUCUCCAGUAAACGCUGCCUCAGCACUUAAAAACAGACCCACUUCCAUUAUUGCAACAAAAGGCAAUGUCCUGCAGAAAGCCAAGGAAUGGGAGAAAAAAUCCACCACUUAGAUGGAAGCUUGUAAAUCUGCACAAACAUUUCCGCCACCAGGGAUUUUUAACCUUCCUUAUUUCUACAGAGACAUUAGAAGUGAGACUGAAGCACAAGCUGAAAACAUCCUAAACAUCACCGACUAUUCUUUAAUACCACCACUGUUCUCAUUUAUUUUAUUUUCAGUUGGGAAAAUGUAAGCAAUAAUGCGGCCAGUGUUAAAGAAAACCACUAAAUUUUAAACAACAAAAAAAUCCCUUUACUAAAUUGUCUAUUGUGUAAAAUUUAGAUUGUAGCGUAGUUCUUGUAUGCUGGUAGCAAGAUGUAAAUAUAUGUACACCAUUUAUUCAGCCUUUUUGGCUUGUAUUGCUAGCUAAAACUGCACUUUUUAUUCAAAUAAAAAAAAUUCUUAAA